AGCCACACAGAGCUAACGGGGCUAGCUUACCUCUGUGUAGACACUUGUGUUCGCGGGUGGGAAAAAAAGAAAACUAAAAUCCAGUUGUUAACGGAGCAGCGAUGUCGUCGAUCGGGUAUUUGAGGGAUUUAAUCAGCGAGCGACUAACUGCUGCUGCCGAAGAAAUAUUCCGAGCCUUUGAAAAAACCGUGGUGGAGUACGAGGAGGAGGUGGAUCGUCAGCGGAAACUGUUGGAGAUCGCCUGGAAACCUGAAGUAAAGUUAGAGCGGAUAGAGCUUCCACGGCAUGAUGUUUUUACGGAGAAGGAGAUUCUUAUGGAAAAGUAUGUUCUCACUGAGCAGCAGCUCUGUAACCAGGAGAUGAUCUCCAGUCUGGACCAAGAGGAACCAGAGUCUCAACAGUUUAAAGAGGAGCAGAGGGAAAUGUGCAUCAGUCUGGAGGGAGAACUGCUUGAACUCAAGCAGGAGGCUGAUGCCUUUAUAUUGACUCCUGAUGCUGACCACCAGCUCCUCUCUCCAGUGGCUGAGAGUCAAGAUCAGACCGGAAGCAAAAAUGUGGACUCUGUGUUGACUAGAAAUGCAGAGUUGGAUGCACAUGAGAGACGUCAUAAAAGAAGACGCCACAGGAAAAAAGUAGACAACUCUCACACACGUGAGAAGCUUUUUAAAUGUGACACUUGUGGGAAAAAAUACGAGUUCAAGUAUCAAUUAAAUUCACACAUACGACUCCACACGGGAGAGAAACCAUACUCUUGCAACACAUGUGGCAAAUGUUUCAGGGUGAAACCUGAAAUGAUGGAACACGUCAGAAUUCACACGGGAGAGAAGCCGUUCCACUGCGAGAUAUGUGGACAAUGUUUUCGAAAGAGGCUGACUCUGAAAGUACACAAAAGACUUCACACGGGCGAGAAGCCCUAUUCUUGUGAGGCGUGCGGGAAGUGUUUCCGACACAGACAUAGCUGGAUAAACCACAAAAGAACUCACACGGGCGAGAAGCCCCACGCUUGUGACAUUUGUCAGAAGUGCUUCAGUCGGGAGGAUAACUUGAUGACACACAAACGCAUACACACGGGCGAAAAGCCCUAUAUUUGCAACAUUUGCAACAAGCCUUUCAUGCGUAAAGAGGGCCUGACGAGCCACAUGAUUAUCCACACGGGUGAAAAGCCAUUUACAUGUGAAACAUGUGGAAAGUGUUAUCGACAUCAGUCGACUUUGAGAGCACACAAAAGAACUCACACCGGUGACAAGCCUUUGUAAUUUUUGUACGCAGAGGUAACUUGAGCACCUGUCAAUUUUAAAAAGCAUUUACAUAGCAAUUUCAAACUUUAUGAAAAGGUUUUACAACUCAUGUCACCUUUGUUGGAAAAGGUUGCUUUGAGAAUCAUUUAAACACAUAAGAAACCAUUGAGGCAAAAACUUCAGUGUUUGUGUUUAUUGAUCAUCAGCAGUGUCUUAUUUUCAUCAUUGACAUUAUUUACAGUAUUUCUAUUAAACAUUUAUCGUAGUCUGUUUUUUUACACCAACUGUAACUAUUAUUGUCUUCCUGUCAAUUAAAGUCUCACUUCUCAUUCUGUCAA